GAAAACAACUUGGAAGCAGCCUCCUACGUUGGAUUAUGCUGUUGGGGUUCUUUCAGGUGAUAAGUUACAUUUGAACCCUGUUCAUGCUGUUGCUCAGCUUCGACCGUCUAUGCAGUAUCUUUCAUCUGACGGCAAAAAGAAACAAGCAGAAUCCACUGAAGAAUCUGUCGGAACAUCCAAAAAACAGAACAAGGGAGUGCAGGCUUCGACGGAUCAGAAACCAAAUAAUGAAGAUAAUUGGGUUGCACUCACGUAUCAUGGACUUCAGUCCGAAAGUUGCUCCAAAUAUCUUAACGGGAUGAUGUCGAAUGGGAACUCUUCAUUAGAUUUCAACAUGAGCCCGGGCGUUUAUAUCAAUGAACUGUGCCGUGGAGGAAGCAACAAAAACUCUGAAUCGAAAGAAACAUCGAAAAGGUANAAUUAG